CAGUGCACAUACAAGAUAUAGAUAGAAAAGAAGAAAUCGAAAAAAAACCAUAUUAUUUUGCUAAAUUUUACUGUUGAAAAUAGUCUAUUGUGUGAACUAGAUAUAGAAAAUGUCAGCACAGGCUCAAGGAUGGCAAAGGGCAAUGAUUGGCCCAUUACCAGCUGGUUUCCUACGAUUGACAACAGAACGUGAAAUUCAAGAGUCGGCCGAUCGGCAAGCAGCGAUUGCAUUGUACCAACAACAAAAUGUCUCCUACAUGCCGGCUUCGAAUAUCGUCGGUCGCCUCAGCAUCACCGUUGCACAAGCGAAAUUAGUGCGGAAUUAUGGGCUAACACGGAUGGACCCAUAUGCACGCGUUCGUGUCGGUCAUUUCGUCUAUGAAACACAGACGGAUCCAAAUGGUGGAAAAACACCACGCUGGAAUCGAGUCAUUCAUAGCCAGUUGCCAAGUGGUGUGAACACGAUUUUUGUGGAAAUCUACGAUGAGUGCAGCUUUAAAAUGGAUGAAUUGAUUGCGUGGACCGAAGUCAAAAUCCCCGAAUCAGUUUUGCGCGGCGAAACACACGAGGAGUGGUACAGCUUGAGUGGCAAACAGGGUGACCAUGUUGAAGGAAUGAUUGAUGUUGUGAUGAGCUUUACGCCUGCUUCUGCAAUGGCCAGCUACAACUGCGCAGCAGUGCCGCCCGUUGUAAUGGUACCGAAUGUGUCCGGUGGCCAACCGUUACCGGUUUUCGUAACACCUCAGCCGCAAAUUCGUCAGCCAGCUGUUGAACAGCCCGUACCUGUGCAACCAAUCACCGAUGAUGAUGUGAAACAAGUCAAAGAAAUGUUCCCGAAUGUGGAUGAUGAAGUCAUUAGGUCGGUGCUUGAGGUAAAUCGUGGUAAUAAACAGAGCACAAUUAAUUCCCUACUUCAAAUGACUGAGCAGUAAAUAUUGCGCUGUAUGUUAAAAAGAAACCAACCGACCAACAAACGAACGAACCCCAUUCGUAGCACCGCCUUUUUACAUCCAACGCAAAACUUCGAAAAUAAUUCCGUUACUUUUUUUCUAUCCUCUGAUGAAUGAAUAUUUUUUUAAAAAACAACUACCUUUUCGGUGUCUUUGUGCCCAUUUCUGAUCGAUCUUCUACAGUCUCAUGCACGUAAUUGAAUCAUUAUCAUUAUUCCAAAAUUGUAUGUUUGAUCCGAAGUUUGCCAAAAUUCAAAUGAAGCCUCUGGAAGUGGAUUGAAAGAGCACAAGAUCUUUUGAUCUUCUCUUUCAGUCGUUAGUUAGUGAUUUUUAUUAUAAUAAGUGGAAAUUGUAUUAAUUUAUUCGCUUCUGUUUUAUUUUUUUCCAAUUUUGUUUAAUUUUUUUUUGAUUGGUCUCUCGGGCGAUAUCGAUAUAAAUAUUUAUUUUGUUUAUUUAUCAAUACGACUCGAAUUAUAGCAGCAGAUGAUUUGACAGCCUAAGAACAAAAUAACAACUUCUGAACUCUUUGCCGAUAAAUGAAACGAAAAAAAACUUAGAGCAAAAAAGAAACAAA